AUGGAGCUUCGGAAUUGCUUGGGUAUUUCCCUCUCCAUCAUUAAUUCCAAGGAUGCUCCAUCACCUCAAUUCAGCGGAGGGGACUUAUAUUGUGAUCGCCCCACGAUGGGAGCAGGCAUUUUGGCUGCCCGACUUACGCAAGAGAGCGCUGGAGCCAUCACUGCCGAUUCAAGACACCCAUCUUCACCUGAUAGACAUGGCGACCAAUCAAGUUCCACCAGAAGUCCAGCAGCUACAUUUCGAGGCUUGGAAGGUGCGGGGUGGCUACAUUACACCGAGGGAUGGAGCGCAGAUGAUAUAGCGCUUCUAUGGAAAGCCUGGAGACCUGGUACCCUCAAGACAUACUCGGCAGGCUGGAAACGAUGGCUGGAGUGGGCUAGGAGUCAGAAGGUUCAAGUCAAUAACCCUAACCCAAAAGAGGUCGCAUUGCUUCUUAGUUUUUUACACAAGGCUAAGCAACUCUCAUAUAAUACUAUCCUCUUAAAUAAAUCGAUAGUGACCACAUUCGCCGAUCCAUCCCACGCUGAGGCUAUAAAUAGGCACCCUGUGGUGAAACAUAUGCUCAAGGCUAUCAGCCUUUCUAAGGUGACUAAUCGCAGAAUCAGUAUUUGGAACAUUAAUGAUUUAAUAGCCUGGUUAAAAUCCAAUCCCCCCGAUCUGGACAGUAUGUUCCAGGUUUCACGGCAUCUCGCCAUUUUACUUCUUCUUGCAUCAGGCAGACGUAUCCACGAUUUAACCCUGCUAGCCAUUAGUGGCUCCUAUUUCCAGGAUUUUGGCUCAUGGAUGGUUUUCUGGCCUAAGUUCGGUUCUAAGACGGACAGGUCUUCGUACAGGCAAUCGGGAUGGAAGAUCUCAGAGAAUGAUGAUAAAUCGGUGGAUAUAAUCAAGUGGAUACGAAUUUUGAUAUCUCUUUCCGAGGAAAGGCGACAUGGCGCGCCGGAUUUGGAUAGUCUGUUCAUAUCAUCUAGGGGAAAGGUGCGGCCAGCUUCAAAAGCUGUGAUUGCAGGAUGGGUUAAAACCGCCCUAAAGCAGAUUGGUGUUGAUACAGGACCAGGUAGCAUUCGUUCAGCGGUUGGGUCAGAUCGCUUUAGUGUGAAUAUGCCAUUGGACGAGAUUCUGAAGAAGGGAAACUGGCAGAGUGAUAAAAACUUUUUCAAGUACUAUUGUAAGCUAGUCGAGCCAGGAGGAUCUACCGAUCGUAAGGGAAAUACUCCCUCGGAACAUUUUGAUGUUGUUUAG